CGCGUUGGUGACGUCACAAAAGGAACUGGUAGAGCGGCGUUUCGGGUCCAGCUGGGAGCCCGUAGAGAGUGAGCGUUACCCGUCUCGGUUACAGAGACACCCGCACCGCGACCGGCCCGAAGGAGACGUCUGAGGUCAGCGAGGCCUGGUUCCGGACCCACAACAGCCUGCCAGAGAGGAAGCGGAAUACGGGGCCCUCGUCACCCUCCAUCCGGGCCACUGAGGAGGUCACUCCACCCACAGGGCCCCACUGCGUCCCAAGCGAGGGGAGAGAGCCCGGGGAAAGGGGGGGGACCGCAGCUUCUAAGUCCCCAGACUCCUAGAGCCACCAACUGGUCCCAAGAGCUGACACUCACUCUACAAAGGAGCUGGAACUUGGUUGGCUGCUCUGGUCCCAAGAGCUUACACUCUACUACGGCCAGGACUCCCCCUCUACGGACUGUGGCUCACUUAUUGGGACCUGUGUAAAUCUGUACAGAGCCCCAAGGGGCCCACAUAGACUUCUGGGCACAAGAGCUAGCACUCUGUUGUGGCCAAGACAGAGAUCUGAGUGUCUACAGACUGUGGCUGGUGCAUAACGCUAUACAGGGGCCCCACACAGCCUGCUGGUCCCAAGAGCUAGCACUCAGCAGCUGGGGGAGGGGAGUGACAAAGGAGUUUCCCCCCCUGCUGACCACCACCACUGGGCCCCACUAAUGCAAGUCCAACAAGUAGCUUGUCCCAAGAGCUGGCACUCGUCUGUGGCGGAGGCACCAGGACUUCACUUUAUCUAGACUGGGAGUGGGAUCUGGUUUGUGGAGGAGACAAAGGACUUGGAGACCCCCUUGUCCCAAGAGCUGACACACUAUAGACACACAAAGGAUCAGACUCUUUGGGCCCUAAACUCUCCCCCCUCCCUUCCCCCCCCCACCACCACCACCAGGCCACCAUGGCCCAGCAACCGAUGACCAGCUCACAGAAGGCCCUGAUGCUGGAGCUCAAGUCCCUGCAGGAAGAGCCGGUGGAGGGUUUCCGCAUCACGCUGGUGGACGAAAGCGACCUGUACAACUGGGAGGUGGCCAUCUUCGGGCCCCCCAACACCCUCUACGAAGGGGGGUACUUCAAAUCUCACAUAAAGUUUCCAAUAGAUUACCCAUACUCCCCUCCGACUUUCCGCUUCCUGACAAAGAUGUGGCACCCGAAUAUUUAUGAGAAUGGUGAUGUAUGUAUCUCAAUCCUGCACCCUCCUGUAGAUGAUCCACAGAGCGGUGAGCUGCCUUCUGAAAGGUGGAACCCCACCCAGAACGUCAGGACCAUUUUACUGAGUGUGAUCUCUCUGCUAAAUGAACCAAACACCUUCUCCCCAGCCAAUGUAGAUGCUUCUGUAAUGUUCAGGAAAUGGAGGGAUAGUAAAGGAAAGGACAAGGAGUACGCAGAGAUUAUUAGGAAACAAGUGUCGGCGACUAAAGCCGAAGCGGAAAAGGAUGGCGUGAAAGUCCCAACCACCCUGGCAGAAUACUGCAUUAAAACCAAAGUGCCUUCUAGUGAUAACAGCUCAGACUUGCUCUACGACGACUUGUACGACGACGAUAUAGACGACGAAGACGAGGAGGAAGAGGACGCUGACUGUUACGACGACGACGAUUCGGGUAACGAGGAAUCGUGACGACCUCCUGCAUCCGUUUUCUCCCUUCUCACGGCCUGAAACAACCCUUUUAGACCUUCCUGCUCUCUGUCCCUUGGCCUCUCCUGCUGCCCUCCCUCCCCUGCUGAUUCAGGCCACUAAUGGAGUAGUGUUGGCCUUGCAGAUCUCCUGCUGUCCUGAGCUCUAGGAUAUAAAGAGGACCAGUCUUCUGGCAUAUUUGUGGACUUGGCUCCAUUUAUUUUCUUCUUUUUUUUUUUUUUUUUUUUCCUGGACCUAUCAUGGAGACGCAAGGGAUAGGAAAAAGGCACGUCACGGAGUGUAUGCCGCACCAACCUGCUAGCGUUGGUGCAAAACUUUUCCUUUUUUUUUGUUUUACUUUUUAUUUCAUAGAAACGACUCUCCUGUUUAUAUACCUUUAAGAUAUAUUUCAAAAAGUGAAAAAAAAAAAAUUGCAAAAACGUUGAAAGUCACAGCUUUUGGUUUUACAUUAAUUGAAAUUGCAGCGGUGGUGUUGAGUGAGACAUUGUUUCCCCCCCCUUUUUUUUUUUUUCUGCAAAUCUUGUAUCCCAAGGGCAGCUGUUUUUUUUUUUUUUUUGUUUUGUUUUUUUUUUGAAUACUGAGUGAUACAAAAACUCAUAAAUAGUGGGAAAACUACAGGUUCAAGCCCAGGGUUAGUGACUUAUUAUCCCCCCUUUUUUUUCCCCCCAAUGAUGUGUGUAUCAUGUUAUGUUUACCUCAAUCACGCCCCAUUCCCAAACCCAUGCCCCCCCCCCACCCUGUCUCCACCACCAAGGUAUCAACCUGUGAAGAGGCUGCAUUCACAACACCAAGUCUCCUGUCCGUCGCGACCAGCUGCUAAAGGGUCUGAGUAUGCUCACUACUACUUCUAGUACUACUGCUGCUGUUUGUGCUGAUGGCUUUUUUUUUUUUUUUUUUUUUGUGAUGUCAAGGGUUUGAAAAAAAAUUCUAUAUAGAGCUAUAAGAAGCAGAGUAUACAACGGGAGGGUGCAUUUUGGUAUGUGGCACAGUUUUUAAAAAACAGAGUUUUGUUGCUAUAUCCUUUAGACUACCGAAAGUUGUCUGUGUGCAAGAGGUCACGGCUUUGCAAAGGUUUUCUUCUUUCCUUUUUUUUUUUUUUUUAUUUUACAUUUUUUUUCUUCUUUAGCUUUUGUAUUUUUUUUUUUCUUUAGAUUUUUUUUAUUUUUAUGUCUGUGCAGCACCCUUGUCAUCUUAAAAGUUGCAGGGCUCUUGUGGUAUGUAUGUUUGUGGGUGUCUGUCACUGUUAAGCAGAAGAGGACAAAUAAAGCGAGAUGUGAAAAUCCACUGGU